AUGGCAGAAUUGUUUAAAAAUGGACUUUGCUUUAAACAAUGGGCUGCGUCAUGUUUUGUAAUUAUUUACUGGGCACAAGAUUUUACGCCAAUUUUAUACAUUUUUUAUUUGAAUUAUCGUAUAAG